GGACAGAAUAGAGACCAAAAGAGUCAAGUGUGGUCGCCACUAAUCUAUAGUAAGAGCCUGCAACACAAAGUCACAUUUCUGAGAUUGAGGUCUUCGUACCUUACCGGGUAAAUACCAAGUUUCUUGCACAUCUAGAUAGUGGAAAACUGGUUUUCCAUUAGAGCGAGCUUCAGAAGCAAUCUACUAUGGGUCGAUUAGAUCAAAAGACCAUUUUGAUUUCUGCUGCUGCUCAGGGGAUAGGCCGAGCUGCUGCCAUUGCUUUUGCAAAGGAAGGAGCAAAGGUGAUUGCUACAGAUAUCAAUGAAGAAAAACUUAAAGAACUGGCUCAAUAUCCCGGUAUUGAAACAAGAGUUCUUGAUGUAACUGAUAAAAAUCAAAUUGAACUUCUGGCCAAAGAGUUUGGCAACAUAGAUGUUCUCUGUAAUAUUGCUGGAUUUGUCCAUCAUGGCUCCAUUCUGGAUUGCACUGAAAAUGACUGGGACUUCACAAUGAACGUAAAUGUUCGCAGCAUGUACAUGAUGAUAAGAACUUUUCUGCCAAAGAUGCUGGAGCGAAAGUCUGGCAACAUUAUUAAUAUGUCUUCUGUGGCAUCAUCCAUCAAAGGUGUUGUGAACCGAUGUGUUUAUAGCACAUCUAAGGCUGCUGUUAUUGGACUUACUAAAUCUGUAGCUGCGGACUUCAUUGAGCAAGGUAUUCGCUGUAACUGCAUUUGUCCUGGAACGGUAGAUACGCCUUCGCUAAGGGAACGAAUCCAAGCCAUGCCUAACCCAGAACAGGCACUAAAUGGUUUUCUUGCAAGGCAGAGGAUGAAUAGAUUCUGCACAGCAGAAGAAGUGGCACAUCUAUGUGUGUUUCUAGCUUCAGACGAGGCUGCUUUUAUAACUGGAUCUGAAUAUGUAAUUGAUGGGGGCUGGAGUCUGUAAACUAAUGAACAUGGGACGCAGUUACUUCUGAAGAACAAAUCUCUGUGGUCAAAUGUUUUACAUUACUUUAGUCAGCAAAUUAUGGAAUACACUUAGAGAAAAGCCAAGCAAAAUGACACCUUUUAUUGGCUAACUAAAAAGAU